UUCAUCCUGUUUCCCUCCGGCAGGAGAAUGGACAGAAAAUUUCGGAGUUCCUUUCAUCACAUCCACGGGUGAAGAAAGUAAAUUAUGCUGGUCUUCCUGUUCAUCCUGGACGUGAUUUGCACUGUUCUCAGCUCUUGCAGGCAAAGGGUGCAGGAUCUGUGCUUAGCUUUUUAACGGGUCACCGGCACUCUCAAAGCACGUUGUUAAGAGUCUUAAGACUACCAAGUAUUCAGCAUAAUCAGUUUUGGUUAGACCCUUUCUCAUCAAAUCUCAAGGCAUUAGCCUGUGAAAUAAAAUAAACUGUUGAAGGAUAUUGUGACAUAGAAAGUUAUUCUGCUCGUUUUCUUUUUCAUUUCAAAUUUCAAGAGAUGUCAAGUGGACCGGUGAGAAGGGUCUCGCCAAAAGACAUACAAGUGGUGCAAAAUCUCAUUGAGCGGUGUCUUCAACUGUACAUGAACCAGAAUGAAGUUGUUGAAACAUUGUUAGCUCAAGCAAAGAUUGAGCCUGGUUUCACUGAACUUGUUUGGCAAAAGCUUGAAGAAGAGAAUCGGGAAUUCUUCAGGGCUUAUUAUCUGAGGUUGAAGGUAAAGCAACAAAUAGAGGAAUUCAACAAGCUGCUUGUGCAGCAGGCACACUUGAUGCGUGACCUGAAUUCAACUGGAGUUGUUUCAAUGCCUACUUCUAAUGGAUCUCAUAUCCCAUCAAUGCACCAGAAUACUGCAUGCUAUGGUCCAGAUCAUACAGGACCAGCCUUGAAGCCAGAGAGCAUGCAUCACCCCAUUGGCUCCAGUUUGACUAAUGCAUACACUAAUGGUGGAUCAUCAUUGCACUCAAGCAUGCAUGCUGCUGUUGAAAUAGCUGCCCGUUCCAGUAGAAUUGAUGCACCACCAAACAUGCUUUCAAUGCAGAGCUCAAACAUAGGUCUGCUGCAAGGAAUGAAUGGGGGAAUGAUCAAAUCAGAAGCUGGUUAUUCGGGUACUUCUCCCUACAUGUUUGGUGCUGAUGGAAAUGUCCUAGAAGCACGCCCAUCGAUUGCAGAUGCAUCUGUUGCAUCAUUCAGUAGUGUAGAGUCCAGUUCACAAGCCUUGAAUGAGUCUAUUCUGGAUGCAGACACCUCUUCAUUUGGAUUUUUGAGUCAGAUUCCUCGAAAUUUCAGUCUUUCAGAUCUGACAGCUGAUUUUACCCAGAGUUCAGAAAUAUUGGAGAACUACCCAAGAUCACCCUAUCUAGCAGCAGACAAUGAUAACUUCCCAGAUUCUCAAGAAAGAGAACAUCCAGGAGACAACAGAAGGCUGGACACUAUAUCAGAAGGCAUGAGUUAUGAUGAUUUUGGAAGUGAAUAACCAUAGAAUUUCCGUGUUUUGUUAUUGCAGGUCCAACUCAUCCAUAGAACAGGUUUGUAAAUAGCAAUUUAGCAUGGGAGAAGCUUCAGAAGUAGACCAGCAGGAGAUUGAUUGGCGUGUGUAAGAUUUCGCUGACUGCAGUAUGUAGUGAUGACUCUUGACAUUAGGAUUCUUUAGGGUGAAAAAAAAGUUCAGAAGAAUGCAACAGAUUACCUUUUCAAGCACCAUGGGAAUUCAUGGUGAUAAUUUAUACUAUAUCUAGGUGUUUGCAGAAGCAUUUAUUUGCGCUCUGGUGUGGUUGCUCUUGUUGAUUGGUCUUUUGCAUUAAAUAAAAUUGUGUUUUCAUUUUUUUAAUUAGAUUCUGAAUUUGAUAUAAUUCUUCUCUCUGUGGCUUGACAUCAGAAUUUAUUUAUUUUUGUACCGAAACAAAAUAAUUGAUUCUUGUAAUAUAAGAAAUAAUUAAUUUUC